AUGACAUUAUUGAAUGAAAAUGACCUUUUACAUGGAAGAUGUGAAAAUUUGCCAGAUGUUCGAUCGAAGAUCGUUCGUGUUUUCAUUAGUUCAACAUUUUCAGACACGCUGAGUGAACGAGAUUCGUUAAUCGACACCGUUUUCCCUCGACUUAAAGACUAUUGUCGUGAAAAAUAUGGUCUUGAAUUUCAGUAUUCAGAUAUGCGAUGGGGAAUUGAAGGUGAAGCCGCUGACAAUCACAGUGAAGUGGAAACCUGUUUGAAAGAAAUCGACCUGUGUAAAAAAUAUUCCGUUGCGACGAAUUUUGUGGUUUUACUAAGUCAUCGUUAUGGUUCCCGACCGACACCUGCGAAGAUCGACUCAUCGCUAUUCGAACGUUUACGAGACAUUGUUCAAUCGGAUCCAAAUCUCAUCGAAGAUCUUGAAUUGCUUUCUCAAUGGUAUCAAUUAGAUACAAAUUCCAUUCCAUCGUCUUAUAUUCUUCGUUCGAUUUCCUCAUUAUUGCCGAAUAUCAAAUCUAACAAUACGACUGAAAUGAAAGAAGCAGGAAAACAAUGGAACCGGAUCAACGAUCGCAUUCGAAUGUGUUUGAGACAAGCAGCAGAAAGGUGCUUUCAACAGAAUCAAAUUACUUCGGAUGAGUAUGACGACUUUUUUGUCUCAGUUACUGAGAAAGAAAUCAUCAAGGGAAUACUACAGGCACCAGAUGCUAAUCAACGAACGUUGUGUUUUCUGAGGGAAAUCGAUGGAAUUGGUGAACAUUUAUCGGAUAAAAAAGCGUCGAAGUUUAUCGAUACGAAGUUGACAAAAGAUGGAACUGUUGUGAUCGAUAAAGAAGCAGAAGAUUUGUUGAAUCGAUUGAAAUUUACACGAAUUCCGAAGGCAUUAGAUUCCAAGAACGUGUUUUCCUACAAAGUUCCUUGGACAUCCAAUGGAAUCACUCGAGAUGCUCAUCAGGAGUAUAUCAAGAAAUUUCAUGAAGAUUUCUUCACUUCGAUCAAACAGCAAAUCGAUACGUGUUUGCAAUCUUCUUUGAUCACAAGUCUGAGUUUAUUACAACGUGAAAUUCUCGAACAUGCUAUUCAAUGUCAAACGUAUGUGAAGAAGUUUCACAGUCGUACAGAUACUUUAGAAAAACUGGAAAAAUACGUGAACAAUGAAGAAGAACAUCGACCGUGUAUUGUUUACGGUCCAUCAGGUUGUGGGAAAACGAGUGUAAUGGCAAAAACUGCUACCGAAAUAUUCAAAUGGUGGUCAAAUCGAUCUGUAUCCGUAAUCCUACGCUUUCUCGGGUAUUCUUUAUCAUAUAUGAUUUUCUCAUAG